UGUCACUUUAUAUAGGGGUUGAAGUGAAGUGAGUGCCAUUCGGGCUGCCAGUCAGUACGUACUAUAAAAAUUAGUGCUAGUUUCAGUUACUCACGGACAGGUGGCGAAUGUUGUUGUUGCAUCACGAACGUCAAAGAACUAAAAUUUCAAAACAUUGAUGCCGGUCAUUUCUCAGCAAUAAUGGCAUUAUCUUUGACUAAAGACAAUAAAAUUCCAGCGGAUGCCGUAAGAUUGAGUGAAAAGGAAGCUUUGGUGUACUUUUUGCGAAUCGUCGAUGGAUGGGAAAACAAAGGAGAAUCGUAGAUGGCCCAUCAUGUACACAGCCGGUAUCUUGGGAGCAUCGACGGUAGUUUCCAGUGUGUAUUUAAAUAACCACUAUCGGAGCAAACUGAGACUAAGUAACUAUGGACGUCUGUCUAGUUACUUACCGGGUGUAGUACUUCCUGCCAUUAUGGCUACGUUUUUUCACAAGACCUACAUUCUGCCCGAAGUGGCGUUGAGCAAACAACAAUGUCCAGUCUGCAUCCAAACCAAAUCCGGACUGUUCCAGGCCGGUUUCAGUACAAUAUAUCCGAUGCUACUGGCUCCGAUAUCGGCCUUUAUGUUUGCUACCCGUCACUUCACCUACCGGCUGCCAUCGAUCACUGCGCAACCCCGCGAAGUGUUUAUGCUCUAUCGGAAAAUGAGCAGCCCCAUAACCAUGGCUGUUAUUGGACUGGUGGCAUUCAAUUUGAUGCUUUCCAUGUUUCUCACCGGGAAGGAAAUUGAAUCGGUUUAUAAAAUCAACCUGAGCCUAAUGGAUCUCGAGCACAGGGUUGAGAAUGAUAGUCUGCAGCCAAUCGAUAAUUAAUUACAGGUUGUUGAUGGGUUGUAAUUUUGUAGAUACGAUAGUUAUUAAAACAUAUAUACAGAA